AUGAAGGUGCAAGAGGAUUCGAUCAAGUCGGUCGGUCUCACUCUUCUGUACGAGCCAGACUGGCCAGUAGACCCGGCGGUUGAUGUCAUUCUUGUGCACGGCAUCGGCGGGCAUCCAGUCCGGUCAUGGAAGUGUCAGGUGCAGGAGCAGACCCCAAUCAGCCCCAACUCGACUGGACAUAACACCUCCACGCGACGGCGACUCAAGAAACCCCCGCCGGUAUCCGCGCUACGCCGAUCGAACUCCGAACCCGUGCUUGCUGAAGCAUUAGGCUCCGUUGGUAGAUCUAGGAGUCUGCGGAGAAAGAACUCGGCCAAGUCGUCGUCGAGGCUCAAGCUAGCCAUCAAUCCAGCCGACCAUUCCUGUCAGGGCGCUGAAGCCGAGGCUGACGCGUAUUGGCCAUUGACCUUCCUGCCAGAGUCAUGUCCCAAUGCCAGGGUCUUCACUUGGGGCUAUCAUACCCUCGUCGUCGACAAAAAGCCGCUCCGGCUUCAGGGUGAUAUCUUUGCCCAUGCGGGAGAACUGUUAGUCGAGCUUGCCAGCACACGCGCGGUGCUGGGCGCGAGAGCCAGACCCAUUAUCUUCCUCCUCCGCAUCUCCGAAGCAGAGCGAGAUGGGCCAUUAAAGGACAUUCUCCUUUCGACGUCCGCCGUAGUGUUUCUCGGAAGCCCCCACCGCGGAACCGAACACUGCGACCUUGGGGAUGCCAUCAAGAGCAUGGCAUGCGUCACGCUCCCCAUCGAUUCCAACGACCCUGUCCUGUCGGAACUAUGCGGUGCCAACAGCGUGACGGUUGAGCUAGGCCGGCAGGCGUUCGUACGCCUGUGGAACGACUAUAAUUUCCGCGUCAAGACUUUCCAGGAGUCGGUUCUUCCAACCAACAGCGACCCCGAGCUCAGGUCAGAAAUGACCAUCCGUCGGCUAGCAAGCUUCAUCGGUGACCCUCGGGAGUGCGCCGAGACGAUAGGGGCGCUGCACGAUAACAUCUGCAAGUUCGCAUCGGCAGAGGACCCCGGAUAUUGCGCCCUGGUUAAAACCUUGACUGCAUUUAUUGCUAGCGAAGAAGAUAGAAUUGCUGUAGGAACAAAUUCACACAACUCACACGAGUCAGCUUGCCUGUCUGCCCUCAUCCAGCCACAGCUCACUCAUCUCGAAGCAAGUCCAGUAGCCUCCUACCCAGGUACAUGCCUCUGGUUGUAUGACCUAUAUGACUUUGAGGCAUGGCAUCACCGCAACGGGCCGAGCAAACACAAAGUUCUUUGGAUUAGGGGCGAGCCGGGAUGCGGGAAGAGUGUCCUGCUUAGGUCGCUCCGGAGAAGAUUGGAGAAGCAGUGGGGGCCAGCGGGCGCGUAUUUCAUAUGGACUACUGCUGAAGGCGAUGACGCCAAGAACGUCGGCAUACCCGGAGCGCGACAGCAGCAGCACCACCACCACGAAGCCGGCCCGGCGGCCGUCUACCGACGCCUCCUCGCACAGCUCUUCCUCCACGACUCCCGUCUUCGGAAGGCACUUGUAAAAUUAUACGAUCAAGCACGGCGGGGCUCGACGCCCUUUGACGACGCACAGGUGGUUUCCUUCUUUGCCGACCACUACGUGAAGCAGAGAAUCGAGACGUCGGCCAGAAGGACCUUUAUUUUCGUCGAAAUAGCAGAUGAUGCUGGUCGAGCGUAUGUCCGGGAGCUGCUUGGCCGUCUGUCACGAAUGGCCCGUAACUCGGAUUUUAGCGUCUGCGUUGCGAGCGCCUAUCACCCAGAGAUCGAGGACCAAAACACGAUAAGCAUUCCGAUGCAUCUGCGCAACAGCGACGAUAUCCUGCGGUAUGUCAACCUGAAUCUGGUGGCCGAAUGGGAGGAGCGAAACCACACGGUCAUGACCGUCGGGCAAAAAUCAAGCGGCGUAUUCCUGUGGGCCGAGAUUGUCGUCAACAUCUUGAACGCGGCCAUCAUCGAGGGCGCCACCCAGGAGAUGAUCGAAUACACCCUGGAAGAAGUCCCCGGCGAUCUCCAUGGCCUGUACGAGUGGAUGCUGUCAACCCUGAACGAGAAAGAAAAAGCCGAGUCCCUGAUCCUGUUUCAAUGGGCGAUCCUCGCCGCGGAGCCGAUGCGCCUCAACGACCUGUCCGUUGCGGUGCGUCUCAGCGAGCCAGACCCCUUUGCCUUGUACCAAGCAUCCGGCCCGCUUAUGGCCUUCGACAUCGGCACGCCCUUCUCGAUGCGUGAGCUGCGUCAGCUCCGAAAUUCAGAAAUCACUACCGACACCCCCUAUCAAUUCCACCGCUGGCUGCGCGCCCGCUCAAUCGGCCUCCUCGAGCUACAACCUGACGCCUGCCAGCCGGGCACCCAGGAACCCCUCGGCCUGCAGCGCGUCCAGCCCAUCCACACUUCCGUCCGCUCCUUCUUCCUCUCCGGCCGAGGUUUUGCGUGCCUCGCUCCAAGCAACUCGUCUAUCUCAGCCAACCUCCCGCCUGCCAGUUACAUCGACAUCUCUCACUACGCCCUGCUCCGUGCCUGCCUGACCUACCUUAAUAUGCGGGACUUCGAAGGGCUUGGGCACAAGAGACCUCCAGUUUCCCCCCAACAGACCCCACAUUGCACAUCCAACCACCCGGCGCCACUCCGUCCGCCUCAGUACCACCACCCGUCCCCAUCAUCCCUAUCCCCAUCCCAAUCCUCAACCACUCCACUCCCGCCCCGGGACGAACAGCGCCGGCUGGUCAUGUCAAGCUACCCCUUCCUGCAGUACGCCGUGGCCCACCUGUUGCACCACCUCCUCUCGCCGACACCCUUCCGCUACUUCCUCCCGCAGCGCGAGGUCCUGGCUGUGUUUGGCGCGCACGGGUUCCGGCUGUGGAAGCGCUGGACCCUGUUGCUGGACGUGUCCGACGCGGAUGGGAUUAUUGCUUUGCACACCGACACCGCUGCCGCCAGCAACAGAAGGGUCGCGGCGCUGCUGAGCCCGGUUUAUGGCGCCCGGUUUCGGUUGGAGAGGGUUCUUAGGAAACUGGAGAGGUCGGCGGCGGCUAUGGACUCGGAGGGGGCGAAGGGACGCGCGGGGGCUGCGUCGGGUAGGCCGGCAUUACUCCCAAAGAUCGCAGAAGCUUCCGUCUUCGUGCAGGCAAAGAGAAGUCUCGGCUCUAGGGCCCCGAAAAUUUCACCAGCCAUUCUGGCCGCCGAACACAAGAUAGCAAAGGAUCUGCUCGACACCAAUGUCUGGACAUGGACGCCUAGCAAGGGAAAGCCGCCGAAAAUGGACCGCAGCCGGGUCAACAUUGUCAGCGAUAAGUUGUGCGACGACGCGUUAAACUACAUCAAACCGACCCUGGAACGCCACAAAGGGUGCGAUAUCAUCGAUGUCUUCCCAGGCACCGGCCUUUGGAGCCAAAAACUAAACGAUAUGCUCCAGCCACGCUCUCAUCUCCUGCUCGAGCCCGAUAUGGAUUUCUACCAGCCCUGGCUCCAACCUUUAUUAGAACGGCCCGGCACCCAGCUGCUACCCAAGAACGGCAUCGUUUGGGACGAGCUCGCUGAGGUUCUCACCCCAGAAUGCCUGCCGCACCAGGUCGAGAGGAGAUACAAACCGUCCGAAACCCCCGAGCGCAACGACACCCUGCUCGUUACGGUUAACCUAUCUCUCUUUCCGAAAAAAAAGUUCCGCAGCUUCGGGAGCGUCUCGCAGCUCGUGCUGUUCCAGCUCCUGUCUACAAUCCGCCCCGGAGCGCUUUUUCAGAAAUAUGGCUUGGUGCGAAUGCUGAUUUGGGUUGUUGACGACGAAAAGCAAGCCAUCCUGCCGCGAAUGGUCCAACGACGGACCAGGGUGGCCGUCGAGGCCGACAUAGCAACCGAGUGGACCUGUGAGAUUGCCGGCGCCGAGGCGUCGCAGUGGUAUCUCCGCGACGUGAACAUCGACGCCGAGAGCAUGGGCAGGACCCUCCAGCGCAUGCGCGAGAGCGGGCUCGUCAUGCCGCCGGGGCGAAAGUCACAGGCUAUGAAGGAUUUUGCCCUGUCUGGGGGCGAGCAGGUGAUUGCUGGCCAGCAAGGGUCUCGGCUGCUCCGGAGUUACCAGGUGCAGAGAAAUGAGCUCGUGGCAAAGAUUGCCAAAGGGGAGCUUGAUGAAAAGGCGAAUGCGAAGCGGCUCAAAUCGCUCGACACUCUUGUGCGGGCGUUCGACAAGCGCGACGCACAAGUCGACGAGAUGAUGGCACUGCGCGCCAGGGCCAUCGAGAUAUACAGCAAGGCGGGCUCGGACGAGGCGCAGCUGGCCGAGGCGGCGCGGUUGAUAGAAGAGAUGGAGGCCGGCGUCAUGGCGUUUGAAAAACUCCUCCGCACCGAGUUCGUGAAAGUACGCGACAAUCUGCACGCCAUCCGCCAAGACCCGCCGCUGCUCGCAUGGGACCGCCGCUACGUCGAGCCGUUGGCCGUCCAGCCGACCGAGUUCUUCCCCAACGUGCCCUGCGCGCUGCUCGACAUCCAGCCCCGGGCGGUCCCCUCGGCGCUGCGCGAGAUGGGGCCCAACUCGACCCGCAGCGGCGACAUGUUUGAGCUGAUCCUGCGCGGCCUGCUGCACCAGCCAACCAGCCCCAUCAGCAAGGCACUCGAGUACACCUUCCCGGGCGCCUACGAGGCCCUGCUCCCCAACUGCCCGUCGCUGCGGGAUCCCAAGCUGGGCGGCUCGCCCUUUGACGGGUACGGCGGCAUCUCGACGAGGGUCCUGAACGCGCGCCAGCUCGCCGAGAUCGUCGAGGCGUGGGCCCAGUGGCCUUUCAAACCUAGCUACCGGGAACUCGUGGCCAGGGCGGUGGACGACGGCGACGUUACGGUUCCUGAGGAUAAGGACCCGUUCCAGGCCGGCUGA